AAUUAUCAAUGGACAAACUUCAGUUGCUUUCCAAAGCAUUAACAGUGAUCCCUGCUACAACUAUGAGUCUCUGGAUCGUCCCUGGAGAGCCAACAAUGAAAGUGGAGACUGGAUUUGUGACUCUUUCUCCUGGAAUGGCUGGUACCGGCUUUUCUACUAUGGCAUGAACAUCCAGAUGCCAGAGACCUGUGUUAGUUCAUACAGCUGUAACACAGACAUCAGUCUGUGGCUCAACGGUUCUCACCCUCAGAUAGAGGAUGGAGUGGUGACCAGAGAGGUCUGUGGAGGGUCUUAUUUGGGUGACUGCUGUUAUUACAAAACAAACCCCAUCAGAGUGAAAGCGUGUCCAGGAAAUUACUUUGUCUAUGAACUUGUAAAUCCACAAUUUGUUUGUUCAGGAUACUGCACAGAUGUCAGCACCAUUUCACGGCCGAUUUCCACCGUAAGUCCAAAUAUAAUUACUGGAUCCAGCAUUACCUUGAAUUAUGACCCGUGCAAUAACUACAACAUACUCGACAACUACCGGAGAAGCACACUCAAUUACUGGUUUUGGUUUGGCUCUGCAAAUGGACUUGAUGACACUCGUGUAGAAUGGGAUGGCUGGUAUCGACUCUUCAUUGAUGGAUCAAGUGCUCAGAUGCCUGAGUGGUGUUUUUAUUACAUGUCAUGUGGAGGUUAUAGUGCUCUGUAUCUUGGUGGCUCUCAUCCGCGUCUAGAAGAUGGAGUUGUUACUCGUGAAAUUUACGGCUCUCGCUAUCAUCAGUGCAGUUACUACAGAUCUGAACCAAUCCAAGUUAAAGCUUGUCCUGGAGAUUAUUAUGUCUACAAAUUUACCAGACCAACUCUUUCAAUCCCAUUACCAGUGUAUUGUGCAGUAUUGUUAACCACCCCAAGUGUUGACCCCUGCUACAACUACACCAGUCUGGAUGAGCCUUGGAGAGCCACUGAUUACUUUGUCUAUAAUAACAAUUACAUGUGUGAUUAUAAUGUGGAGUGGAAUGGCUGGUACAGGAUGUUCUACAAUGGUCAAAAUACUCAGAUGCCAGAAUCAUGUGUUAAUAAUGGCAUGUGUGGCACUUAUUACCCACUAUCACUCAACGGCACUCAUCCACAGCUGGAAGAUGGAGUGGUCACCCGUCAGGUCUGUUUCUCAGUGGGUGGCUGCUGUGAUUACAGAUCCCACCCUAUAAGAGUCAAAGCCUGUCCUGGAAAUUACUAUGUUUAUGAGUUUGUCAAACCAAUUGUUUGUGGUGCUUACUGUGCAGUACCAGAAGCCUCAAACCAGUCCACCCCAUCAGUGUCUACAACAACAGAGACAAUCCCACCCAUAGAAUUCAUUACUCCACCAAUCACAACCACUGCUCCCCCUGUUGACCCCUGCUACAACUACACUGCCCUGGAUGAUCUGUGGAGAAGAACCAACAAUCAACAUUCCUCUCAAAUAAUGUGUGACUAUUGGGUCAACUGGAACGGCUGGUACCGUCUCUACAUUCAGGGUCAGAGCGUUCAGAUGCCAGACACAUGUGUUGAUAUGUUGAGUUGUGGCACUCAUGCUCCACUGUGGCUGAUGAGAGGACAUCCAACAGUUGAGGAUGGAGUGGUCACUCGAGAUGUCUGCGGUCACUGGAUGAAUAACUGUUGCUAUUUCCAAUCCAAUCCCAUUAAAGUCAAAGCCUGUCCAGGAGGGUAUUAUGUCUAUGAGUUUGUGAGACCAAGUGCCUGCAGUUUGGCAUACUGUGCUGAUGCAAGGAACAUAAACAUCACCUCUACUACUGUAAUGCCAGAGACUAGCACAACCACAGAAACUACAGCUGAAACUACACUGCCUGCACCAGAAAUAUUUUAUCCAUUCGGCUCGGCAGCUGGAGACACAAUAAAUGCUGCUGUUGAUGAUGGAAGCUCCUCAGUUAUUCAGCUGUUGAGUCCAUUUCUGUUCUUUGGCCGCACUUACCAGCAGAUUUAUGUGAAUAAUAAUGGACACCUCACAUUCAACCAGCCUUCAUCAUCAUAUGUUCCCUACUCAUUCCCCGCUAGAGGAAGCCAAGAUAUAAUAGCAGGUCUCUGGACUAAUCUUGACAACAGUGUGAGAGGUGUUGUUUCAUAUCAUCAGUACACCAGUGGAAAUGUUCUCACACGCGCCACUCGGGAUAUAAACACACAUUUCCCAAAUCUGACCUUCACUGCUUCUUGGGUCUUUGUUGCAACAUGGGAUAAAGUCUCUUACUUCAAUUUAACCAACACAGAAACAUCGUUUCAAGUGGUUUUAAUUUCAGGUGGUAAUUUUUCAUUUCUUCUGAUGAAUUAUGGUGAUAUUGCUGUAACAGGACAUCCAGUGCAGGUUGGUUAUGACACAGUAAACUCCACACACUACUUUGUGAUUCCCGAAUCAAUCAAUGGCAGCUUCAUCUCAAACCUCAGGAACUCCAGUAAUGUCAAUGUUCUCGGUCGAUGGGUCUUCAGGGUGGACGGUGAACCAAGAAACAGCAUCUUGAACAACAAUGUUGUUGGAUUUCGAGUGAGACUUUCCUCAUUUUUAGACCUGACACAGAAUGGCAGCACUGAACUGGUUUUGCAGCAAAUCAAGCAGGAGCUGGUCAAGUACGGUCUGCCAAACAACAUCGAACUGAAGUUAAGAAAACUGCAAAAGAUAAAGCCAUAAUUUCCUUCUCCUUCAGGAAGAGAAGUAAAACCAGUUUGUUUAGCAUCUGACAACAAAUAUCCCUGAUGACUGAUGAUGUAAAAGUUUCAGUUUUUCAUUAAGGUUGUUUACAAAGGAUUCAAACCAGCAUAAAAUUAUCAUAGAAGAGGUCCAUUAGAUCCUCCUUUUUUUCUUUGCAUAUCAAUCAUGUUGUGUGUAUCAAAUGUCAGUUGCAGAAGUCUAAACUUUACUGUGAGUAAAACUGUUUGUCUCAUUCACCUUCAUUAGAACCAUAACUUAUAAGUAUACAGUACUUAAACUGAAUAAUGUAUUCUUUCAUAGGGCCCAAAAUUGCUAGCCCUGUCAAGUGAUAUUAAAGGGUUAGUUCACCUAGAAAUGAAAACUGGCCCAUGAUUUACUCACCCUCAAGCCAUCCUAGGUGUAUAUGCCUUUCUUCUUUCAGACGGAUUCAUUUGGAGUUAUAUAAAAAAAAUUGUCCUGGCUCUUCCAAACUUUAUAAUUCAAUGAAUUAGAUGCAGAAAAGAAUUCAAUGUAUUUUUUUUUCUGUAUGCCUUUGUAAAGCCCUUUGAGAUGUAACUUUUAAAGGCGCUAUAGAAAAUAAAGUUUAUUAUUAUUAUUAUUAUGGCAGUGGGCGGGUGUUUCUGAUCAA